AAAUGGGUCCCACGUUCUCUCAACUUCCUCUCCCGCCACGAUUCGGUCCACGCGGAUCUCUCGUUUACAUCUUCUCCCUUCUUCCUCAGCAGCUCAAUCAAUCGAAAAGUCCUUCCCACCUUGUUGACUCCGUCGAUGGCGAGGAGACCAGGAAGCUCGGCUUCUUCUUCACCCACGAUGUCUCCGUCGCAUAUGAUGAACAGUGGCGGAGGAGGAAUCUCCGGCAAAAGCACUCUCCGGAAGCAAAACGCCGCCGAGCUGCUCGCAAAAGUCAUGGAGAAGCGCGACUAUGAUUAUGAUUACGAUGAUGAAGACGGAGGCGAAGAUCUCUACCAGGUACAUCUUCCGCCUCUUACUCAGUCUCGAAGACGAGAUGAUAAGCGUAUUGGUAAGGGUUCAGUCAACGAGAAAAAGGCUCCGGCGAAGAAACCGGUCAUACUACCGCCGCCUAAAUUUGACGAUGAAUCCGAAGAUGAUGAAAUUAGAGCUGAUGUUCCCCGGAAUCCAGUGAUAGUUCCUAAAAAGAAUGCUAGGGAUCCGAUAAAAGCUCCGGCGACGAAGCCGGUCGUACUUCCGCCGCCUAAAUUUGACGACGGUGAUGAAAUUAUAGCCGAUUUGCGCCGGAUUCCAGUGGAUAUUUCUGGAAGGAAUGCUAGGGGUCGGAAAGAAGCUCCCACGGUGAAACCAGUCGUUAAUACGCCUAAAUUUGACGAUGAAUACGACAGUGAUGAAAUUACAGCGGAUGUUUCCCGGAAUCCAGUGGAGAUUAGGGUCCCGGUCAGAGGGAAAGUAGCUCCGGCGGUGAAACCCGUCGUUCUUCCGACUAGAUUUGACGAUGAAUAUGAUAGUGAUGAAAUUACAGCCGAGGUGUCCCGGAAUCCAGUGGGGAGUAAAGGUCCGGUCAGAGGGAAAGUAGCUCCGGCGGUGAAACCCGUCGUUCUUCCGACUAAAUUUGACGAUGAACUCGACAGUGACGAAAUUGCGGCCGAUGUGCCUCGGAAGCAAGUGGAGAUUCCUCAAAAGAAUGGAAAAGGUGCACUCAGGGUUAGAGUUCCGGCAUAUUCACGUCGGAAUCCGUUGGAUGAAUUUGAGCAGAACGGAGAAGAAAAGCAAAAUGUUCAGUUUGAUGUGCCUGCAAAACAAUCGGAAGCUCAAUUAAAGUAUAAGAAAAGUUUCAGGUUUCAUACUGCAGAUAUUUUAGCAUCUAAUAACUCUAACCAGCAGGAAGAUGAUCGAGAAGCUUCAGCCCUGCGUGAUGAAUUAGAUAUGCUUCAAGAAGAAAACGAUAAUAUUAUGGAUAAACUUCAGCGCGCUGAAGAAAGACGCGAAGCUGCAGAAACAAGGGCUAAAGAGCUCGAGAAACAGAUUGCUUCUCUAGGUGAAGGAGCAAAUUUUGAUGUCAAGCUCUUGAAGAGGAAAGAAGCAGCACUGCGUCAAAGAGAGGCAGCAUUAAGGGCUGCUGAACAGAAAAGAGAUGGGAUAAAUAGAGAAAGUAAUGCACUUAGUUCAGAAUUUCAGAGUUUGAAAGAUGAAGCAGAGAAAGCCAUGGAACAGCUCCAGGAGGUUGAAGCUGAAACAAAGUCUCUUCGGACAAUGAUACAUAGAACGAUUUUGACUCAAGAAGAAAUGGAGGAAGUUGUUCUUAAGAGAUGCAGGCUUGCUCGCUACUGGGAACUAGCUGUUCAACAUGGAAUAUGUGAAGAUAUAGCCACAUCAAGAUAUGAACAUUGGUCAGCUUUAGCUCCUCUUCCCUCUGAAGUUGUCCUUUCCGCUGCCCAAAAGUCUGAAGACUCCUGGCAGACAGGUGGUAGCGAUCGCACUUGGAGCAAAGUCGUCAGUAAUUUCAGUGAUCUGAAUGGAGAAGGAAACAUUGAGAGUAUGCUUGCUGUUGAAACGGGAUUACGAGAGAUAGCAUCCUUGAAGGUUGAGGAUGCUGUAAUGCUAGCACUUGCCCGGUAUAGACAAACAAAUGUGGCCCGACAAGCCAUCACUGAUCCCAGGGUGCAAGGGGAACCUAAGUUCUCUGAAACAUUUGAGUUGAGUCAUGAUGAGCAACAAGAUAUUCUCUUUAAAGAGGCAUGGCUGCUGUAUUUCUGGAAAAGAGCUAAAAUUCAUGGCGUGGAAAGUGAUAUAGCGGAAGAGCGUCUUCAGUUCUGGAUCAACCGACUCGGGCAACAUUCAUCUUCACAUGAUGCAGUUGAUGUGGAAAGAGGAAUGAGGGAGCUAAGGAAGCUUGGAAUAGAACAACAAUUGUGGGAAACAUCUCGUAAAGAACUCAUCGACUCCUCUUUUCUUCCUUCUUAUUCCGUUUCUGACUACAAUGACGAGUAACCACCUCUAAUGUCUUCUUUGCCUCCAAUUUCCUACAUUCACUACACACGCUCACAUAAACGCAUAUACACACAUACACACACAUAAAGGUUAUCAAAAUCAUAUUUUACUGUUCGACAAAGGUUAGAACAAACAGAGAAGUGUUCAGAUUGUGUUCUUAUUAUUGUGGAUAGUUUUUGCUUCCAUAUUGUUUACUUGUAUAACACUCUUCAUGACCUUACCCAA